AUGAGCACACGCAAGGGGGCGGGCGCUACCCGCACGAGGAAGCCGAAGCACCAGAACACCUUCGCUUUCCGACACAACCCCAAGUCCCAGAAGACAGCCAAAAUCCUUGCUAGCGUCAACGCCGGGCUCUGCGCCUCUUGUCAUGACAAGGUGGAGUGGAGAAAGCGGUACCGAAAGUACCGCCCCCUGAGGCAGCCGGCCACCUGCAACGACUGCCACAAGAAGACAAUCACCGCCGCCUACCACAAGAUCUGCGCCCCCUGCGCGCGGGAGCGGAGGGUGUGCCCCUGGUGCUGCACCAAGGGCCGCCCCCGGGAGAGCACCGAGGACGGCGAGGAAGCUGGAGAGGAAGAAGAAGAAGAAGGUGAUGGACACAGCGACCGGGAGGAGGAGGAGGAGGAGGAGGAGGAGGGGGGGG